UCCUGGAGCACCCGAGGAGGAGAAGACUAUGGAGUCGGGUUUCAGUACCAACCCCCCUACUACGAAGAACAAUCAGACCCCUGGGUAUUUCAAGAACAAUCUCCUUAUCAAGAAGAAUUCCUCCCACAACUAGAAGGGCCAUCAGAUCUUAAGUUAGCCACAGCCUUCACGGGCCAUCCAGCAGAGCCAUGCUACACUCCACAGCCAGAUCCAAACUAUCACUUGAGGCUUCUCGUGGAGCAGAUUUCUUGAGUACCUGAGAGACCCUUUCCCGAGAUGGAUCCUCAUAUCCAGGCCAUUGCCGAAACUGACUUCUCCUUCUCCCGUGAAACAAAGGAUACCCUUCGGAGCAUAAAGAAGCACAUAGAGGUCAUUGAGAAAGCUUGUUCCCAGUUUUCUCAAGACAACCUUUAUGCUGCCAUACAAGUAGAGGAGGAGGAAGAAAAAGGCAAUCAUGAGGAUGUUGAGGAGCAUACAGAAGUUGUCACAGAAAGCUCCCAUGGUAAUCAUGAUCAAGUGUAUCCUCUAGUGGUAGAUCACAACUUUCACCAUUUCCGCUCUGAAAUGCUGGGCCUGAGCGAGGAGAUGCAAGCUGAACUUAUUGAGAACCUUGCAUGGCGACUUGCUCUCCAAUCCGUGCUGGAAGAAGAAGAGCAAGAAAGGGUGCAGAAAGAAGUUGUGGAGGAUGACAAAAGUGAAGCAGAAGGAGUUCUUGAUCUUUUCUCAGGGGUGAUACCACAUGAAGAAGGAAGGGGGGUUGAAGAAGCAAUUGGCGUCCAGGCCGAGGAUGAAGUUGAGAUGGAAGAGGCUUGCACCGGCCAUGAGUUACAUGUGCUAUCUCCACCAAACUUCGAGGAAUUUCUUAGCAAGGACCCAUUUGCAGUGUCUCUUUGCCAGACCAAGGCCACAUCGACAUUGGUCCCUCUUGGUGGACGCGAUGGUGUCCAUUCAAUGUUGUCAUAUCUGGUUUGCAGCAAUGAGACGAGAGAAGAGAAGAAGAGGUCUUGAGGGUGGAGACUUCAUCUACAUCAAGUGCACGAGCUUCCAUCACCUGUCAUACCACAUGCUCGUGACUCGAGAUUCCACCUCAUCGACGAGAACCUCAACUUCAAAGAGGUACUGGGGUGGACCGAAACUUAGGAGCCAUCGUCUGGCUCACGACGUGAAAGAAGCGCUUGUUGGGAGGCAACCCAACCAGUCGGUUUGCAUUUCUUUCUCUAUUUCUCCUCGGUUGAGUCAGUUUUUUUCUUAGAUUUUAGAGUCAAUAACUCAACCUUUGUGAGAUUUUGUGGGGUGUUUGUGUUCCUACUACGCUCUCCUCCUAGAAUGCACCGCCUGCCCCGUCCACCAUCAUUCACCCUUGAUUUGGUAACUUCGGUCUACCCUCCUUAUCUUUCCUCCAUUGAGGACAAUGUCGUGCUUAAGUGUGGGGGGAUGUUCGUUUAUGUAUGCGUGUGAAUGUUUGGUUGUAUGUGUGUGCUUGGAGCCUAGUCCACUGUCCAAAUCUUGAGAUUUGAGGGCUCUAAGUACUGUUGUUUGCUUGAUCGUAUUGGCAUUGUGGGUUUAAUUGGUGAAUCGAAUGGCUUUCGAAUUAAUGCAUGACAACUUGAUUGUAACUAGGAAAACCUAUGAUGAUGACUGAGACGUGCAGUAGGAUUGUGUAGGAGUUCAGUUUUUCAACUAUUUGCUUACCAACUGUGACUUGGAUUGAUCACUUGCUCUUGACAGUCCUUUAUGCAUCUAGUUCAGAGAAUCAGAAUGAGAGAUAGAGCAUAUAGGUAGCCAUGUGAGAUUUGAGCCUGCUCGUUUCUUUCUUGUGCGAUAGAUCACUCUUCCAUGAUGUGCAGCAUUCACGUUGUCAUUAACUAAGAUGAUGGAGGCAUAGGAAUAGCCCACGACCAAAUUGACUGUCCUGGUAUGUCAUACCCCCUAGUCAGCCCCUUUGAGCCGUGUCACUUUCUUUCUUUCGGUUUAUAAUGGAAAAUCACAAUUUUGCAUCUCUUAGAAGGUUCCACGGAGUGGUUUUUGCAUGUUCUCUCCUGUUUUUGCUAAAAAUAAUGUGAGGGUUGGAGGUAUUUCUUAAAAAAACUGGGCAUGUGUUUGAAAAAUGUGCAGAGGUGGUGGUUCUCUCAAGAAAUGAAAAAAAAUGGAUGAAUGCUAAAGAGAGCCACUACCAAAAAUAUGAAUCAUGCUCAGUAAGUAGUGUUUCUUAGCAGUCUGGCUUAGAAAUACUAACAUUUAUGUGACCUCCUUCGCUCUUGUGCUCUAAAGAAUUUGAGUAAUGCAGAAUGGCAUAAGGAAAGUAAGUGGUUUGAUUGACUGUGAGUUUGUUGGGUUUGGAAAUGUGGAACCUUGUGCUAUGAAUACUUCCACCACCUAAAAGGCCUUUUCCCCAUGUCCAAGACCCUAGCCAGUCAUUUGAACCUGUGUCUUAGACCUCCGGAUUAGUUAGUGAUGAUACCCAUUUAUGUGAACUCUAACAUUUAGAGUCUGCCGUCAUGGUGAAGAGACGUUAGGAAUUGAGAGAAUAAGUAUGCGCAUUUUUCGCAUCAAAUUGUCCUGACCCCACUGGUCGAGACUAAGCGAUUCAUUUCCUUGUUCUUUACACUCUUUACCCCGGUGAGGACCUAGAUGGCUCGGUCUUGAUUCUGAUGUCUUGAGUUUUAUGCAUGAGCUGACUGUCUUGAAUAAGUGGUUGAGUCAAGUCUAGGUUGGUUGGUGAACAGAAGGGAGACUCUUCCUUUACCCGAUUUUGCUGCACUCGAAUGUCCUCUUUGGUGGUCGUCCAGGUUGUUGUUGAAGUUGUUCAUGUGUUGAUGUCUAAAAGCCAGUAUGAUUCCCGUGUUUCGUGCCUAUAUGAUAUGUCCCCAAGGGUUUCAUGAAUAAGAUGUUUUGAGCUUA